AUGAGAAUUGAUCGGUUUCGCACUGUCUGGGGCAUUGAGCCGGGGACGAACUUGGAUAAUUGGGCAAAAUGGUUCCCGGAAUUGAAGGAAAUUGGCUACAACGGCGUGGAAGUCAACAUCCAUGGGCUGGAACCGAAUAAUGAUUUCCCGCGACUACGGAAGAUCUGCGAUGAUUUGAACUUUGACAUAAGUAUCCUGGGGCACUCUUCCUGGGUGGAUUAUGCAGGCCCUCGCCCUGUAGGUCUAACAGCGAGCGACCACCUACAAAACUACCGAGAUGUCCUCCAACUCGCGGAGCCACUGAGACCAGUCUCUUUCAACUUCCAAUCAGGCCAAGAUGCGUGGGAUGUUGAGGAAUCGAUCAAGUUCUAUCGCGGUGCACUUGAGAUUGAUAAGGGGCUGGCUGAUUUCUCUCACUGGAUGGUUGGACUGGAGAGAAUUAUUGACAUUGGCGAAGAGGAUCGCGCAAUGAUGGAAGCUAUCGUCCCGCAUGUCUAUCACAUCCACUCGAGAAUCGGUACCACACAGGCAUCUCAGUGCCCCGAGCCCAUGAACCCCGUGUUUGAACAAGAGAGAUUAUGCUUUGAGAGAUUGUGGACGCAAGUUCUUCAACGUCGAAUUGAGGAGGAUCCAAACACCAGAAUUAUCUUUGUACCCGAAUACGGUCCAUUCCCUUACCAUCCUAUUGGUAGUGCCAAGACUCAUGGUCAAGUUGCUGACGAGGAAGGGAAGCGACUGGAUGUGGUGUUUACCCAAUUUGUGGCGAGUCUGACGAACAUUUGA